AGCCCUGGCAUAGACAGCACAAAGAGAGAGAGAGAGAGAGAGAGACAUUGGAAGCCAGGAGAUACAGCCCGCCGAAGCAUCACUGUUUCCUUGGACAAACAUCUCAGACACGAGAACGAGACCAGACCUUAGGACUGAUCAACAAGACCCCCUGCGAACGAUACACCUGAGACAGAUCUUCCCACAGCAGCGACGAUGCCAAUCUGUACCGUCCUUGAGAAGCGCAAUGGUGAGGUGGCGGGAGCUGAGCUGAGCUGCAGCGUACGCGAGGAGAACAAGGCUCAGAGGGAGAGCUACAGUGCUGACUGGCACAGCGUCAGUCUCAAAACACAGCCUCAAGACAGGCAGACGAUGAACAUGAACGACGACUCUCGCAGGGAGACUCUGUCCCGGCAGUGGCGGGCCCGUUCGCUGAUACAGACCUGCCCCUCUGGUGUCUUCAGAGUGGGAACCGUGGAAAGAGGGGUGAGGGAGCACCAGCUGCUGCCAAAGAGGAAAACCCUCCCCCUGCCCAUCUUCACCCCCGCAGAGCUGGGUGUCCGGCUCGGACGCGGAGCCCCACACACCGCGGAGGACCUGCAGCCCUACCCCACUCCAGAUGGGGCCUGUCCCAGCAAGAGGCCCAUGGACGAGAUCACAAGAGAUCUUCCCCCGCUCAAGCCUACCCUCAUGGAGUUCGCCAAAGCACCCAAAACCCUGGGUCGCUCCAUGUCCCUGGAGGCUCAGAGAGGGUGAAAAGCAAGGAGGGCAAAAAGAGAAAGAGAGGAUGUUAGGGAGAGACGAGAAGGAUGACAGAUGGAGGAUAGUCGUCGAGCAGAGCGUGUCAGGAAGAAGCAUGACAAGAUGUAUAUAGAUUUAUCUCUAGUGACAUUCAUGAUAAACCCUACUUACUGUAGAUUUUUAGCACCGUCUGUGUUUCUUGGCGAGCACAGCACCAGGUAAAUGUCACGCUUUGUCAUUGUGGUCAGUGGUAUUAGAAAUGGUCACGUGAAGGUAUUUGCAUUGUGAUGGAGAGGCAGGGUUCGUGCUCUCAGCCGUGCGAUGGGCUAAUCUCUGCCUGUGCUGGCCAGCUGGGCCCACCACAUCCACCGAUCUCUCAGUGGAAUCACUGGGGCCCAGCUGCCGCAUGCACCGGUGCAUCCUUAACCACGCUGCAUGCCCUUCCUUUUGACUUUCUUUUGUAAUUGAAGUGUGCAAAUAUCCCCGUACGGUAACUGAAAGUGUUCUCGUGGCCACCUGACUCACGGAGUACACCUUUAAUAGGUGGCGAAGGCAUGCAACGAUGCAGAAAGUGACAGAUGAGAAAUGACACGCAAGAGGCAGCGGCAGGUAGGAAACUGCAAGGAUAGAAAGGGAUAGAAAAAGGGAGGGAGAGUGAGAGGGCAAGGGGAGGGGUGAGGGCUCGGGGCACAUGCCUUGGACAGCAUCCAGGCCUCCAGAAAGCCCUUGAUAGUCUCUGAUCUCUCUGAAGAGUACAGAAUGCUCCGGCGUGAUCACACACUACGGCUGUACAUAUGUGUGUGUGUCCUUCUGUGUGUGUGUGUGUGUGUGUGUGUGUGUGUGUGUGUGUGUGUGCCGGCUGACACCUCUAGUCAAGAGGACUUAGAGCAACUAAUAACCUGUUCUUUACUGUGUAUUGACUGAUCUGUCUUCUUAGCUGAGUAGCGGCUCAUAUUUAUAUCUGGUGGAGGAACAGAUACUGUAGUAGCUGAGAAUACCUAGUGGUGUAAAUAAAUUCGAAAAUGUGUGCAAUGAUGUUAAAAUAUUUGUCCUAGAUAUUUAUUAUUUUUACAAAUAAAAGCUAUGUCGCUCAUCA